AUGUGGGGCAUGACCAAAUCCAAGCAGGGCAACGAUGGUCAGGCUCAGGACGGUGCCACCACCGCCGACGCCUCGCCGAGCUCAUCAUCCUCAUCGUCGUCAUCCACCACCAACCAAACCACGUCCACCUCUCGCUCCCGACCUACGCACCAUGCCAACGAUAGCAAGUCCUCCUUCAAGAACCCCUGGCCAUCCGCCAGUGCCCCCUCGUUGUCCGAGAUGGUCUCGGGCGGAUUGCCGAUCGGACUUCCUCAUCGGCAUCUCCACAAGCACCCCAAAGCACGGGCCUUGCAAGUCCUCAAACCCGACUGGGGCGCCGCGAAACUAUCCCAGGGUUCCUCGCAGACCCAUACACCGUGCGAGAGCAUGAACAAGCAAGGCAAGCUGCUAGGCACAUGGUUGGGCCAUGCUUCAGCAUGGUGCGAAGUGCCUUUGGUCGAUGGGGAAAGGGGAAAAGCCAAACCGAGGAGUGUCAAGUUGUUGUUCGAUCCGAUCUUUUCGGGCAGGGCAGGGCCGACGGCUUAUACGGGUCCGACGAGGUUGAAGGAUAGUCCCUGUCAGGUCGACGAGCUGCCGGGGUGCGAUGCCGUGUUCAUCUCGCAUAACCAGUCAGUCCGAGCGGCCGAUGAUUUUUACUCGCCACUCGGGGAUGUGAGCUGAUGCUCGUUUCGUUCUGGUUCCCUUUCACGCUGGCAGUUAUGAUCAUUUGGAUCUAUCGUCUAUACAAGCGGUUAUCGAGCAUUACCCCAAAUGUCAUUACUUUGUACCCCUGGGUCAGUCCACCCUGACCUCUUUCCCAUACAGUCGGAAGAUCCUGCUCCUAAUCCCGAUUACAACUGCAGGCAAUCGCAAAUGGUUCCUGGACACGGGCGCACCACAAGACAGAAUCCACGAGAUGGAUUGGUGGGACAAGAAGGAGUUUUGCCCCGAAGAGAUUGGGUACGAAGCCGAUCCUUCUGGCGCCCAGGAGACGUCGAGGUUGAGGUUCACUUGCGUCCCAAGUCAGCACAAUUCGGGUCAGUCCUGUCUUGCUGUGAGGAUAGUCUGAGCGAGAGCUUAGGAAGAUGCUAAUGCGGGGCACGGGUUCAUAUCAGGCCGAGCCGCACUGGACCAAGGCUCUACGCUGUGGUGUGGGUGGGUUGUGGAGCAUUUCGUCCAUUCGCUGGCUACCAAAGAUGGGGACAAGUCGACGGAGCGUAUCACGAGAAAAGGCGCCAUCUAUCAUGCAGGGUAAGUCGGGGUUUUGGUUGUGUGAUCGGCGACCGCCCUUCACAGACUUAUUCAAAGUUAUCCGAGUCUUGCAGCGAUACGGGGUACCGGCGGCAUAAGAAAUCCAAGGUUGUCUGUCCCAUCUUUGAGGGUGAGUCGAUUGUUCGUCAACACGCUUUGACGGGUAUGGGCUGAUCCCAAUUCUACGACGCAGAAAUUGGCCAGAAGUACGGGCCGUUCGACCUCUCCUUCAUCCCGAUCUGGCGAGGUGGCUCAUUGGGAUUUGUUUCUUGGAUUGGACUACGCGUGAGUACGGGAUCGACGGCUUCUUGCGAGAGUAAGCCGAGCUAGAGUAGCGUUUGCCUUAAGCUCACAGCUUGCGCACGAGAAUAUACCCGCUGCUCUGCAUGGUUCCCCCACCGACGCCGUGGCGAUUCACCUGGACGUUCGGUCGCGUACUUCGAUCGGCGUUCAUUUCGGUACCUUUAUCGGCGCGGAGGAGGAAUCGCUCGAAGCCAUCAUCGAAUUACAAGAUGCGUGUGAUGAGGAAGGCGUUGCAUCCGAGUCGGAAUUGGGUGGGGUCGAGCAUGACAAGGGCAAAUUUGGGAUCGUCGAUCUGGGCGAGACGGUCGUCGUGGAUGUGGCGGAUUUGGUGAUUGUUUGA